AUGGCCGACAGUUCCUGUAGCGGCUCUACGCCGUUCAAGAGCCUUGUCGAGCACGGCGCAGAGGAUAGAACCCUACACCGGGAUCGUUUCGCCAGAGCUUCUGGUACUCAGCAGGCUUUUCGAUCUACCGGGUUAGACCCCUCGGCGCAGGCGCAAGCGCACUUUGGCGCAUUUCUUGGUACAACCGAACCUGUCCAAGUAGGACCAGGCACGCUUCCGGCCUAUGCCUCCUCCUCCUCUAUCUUGAGCCCCUUCCAGCACAUACAAACAUCUCGGAUGCCAAUUACUCAGCACAGUCAUCGUUUCACUCCCGACUCCUUUCGAUCUGCAUCUCCCCAAGUACCGAGUGCAGCUGCCACGGCAACGGCGCAUGUAGCAGACCAACACAAUCAUGUCGCACAUCCGUCGACAAGGACAUCUAGCUGGGCACAAGACUUCGCAAGGUUCUCAGGGGGGGUUCCGAAUGCCGACAGUCAGGUGUCCGGUCUCUCUGCCAUACACCAUUACUCACCAGCUCCAGUUGGAUUCAAACAUGGAAUGAUAUCCCUGCAACCUGGACCGUCCUUUUUUCGUUCGGUUAGUGGCAGCGCUGCCCUCAACAAUGCGGCCAGCGCUGAGACUGACUUUGAUGUCGAAAUGGAUCGGUGGAUGGCAGCUCACGGAGACGGUCGGAUGGAGGAUGUGGAUGCCGUUAUGGAACAGAUUGCGCGAGAACUAGAACAAGAUCAGCAACCCGGGACUACCGACCAGAAGUCUAGCGACCGCUUUGAUGCUUCAGAAUUAACCGCAACAUCUGCAACAAGCGUCCCCUUGGAGGAAACAGGGCAACGCACGCGAUCCACUCCUGUCACAGAGGCAUCUCAUCAACAAGUGAAUGAGAGACACGGCGUGUCUGACACAAGUGGCAUUGCUAAAGCAGGAAUCACGAGUCUUCCGGAGCAAUUGCCCGACCUGUCGCGACUUGGCCUUGACGAAGCUUCUGAAAGGACAGCGACCGAGCCUGCAGAACAAGGCCAGUCACAGUCGGAGAUAUCGGAAGCUGCAAGACAGAUAUUGGAGUCGGUUCAACAUGAGCAAGGAGACAAGUGGAAAAAUUCCCGUUUUCUUUUACUCAUGAAGGAUUUUCGGGACGGCAAUAAGGAUAUCGUCAACAAUGAAAUUUUAGACACAAGCGCAGGCGGCGAAGGCCAACGCAGCGCUGGGUCAGGGUUGCCUCAUCAAACGCGACGCUGA